CAUAGGAAAAGUAUGAAGGAAAGUUUCUGGGUUUAUGUUUUUUUUUGGGUAAUUCAGUUUCGGUGAUAAUCUGAGUGAAAAAUGAGACUACACAAGUUGGUGUGUGUAAACUUUAGCGCUCUUGAGAGAUGAAUAAAUUAGUGAAGGAUAACGCGAUGGCCAUUAACUUUAAACCUUUGUUACGGUUCAUUCUAAAUAAAAGUUUGGUGCAAAAGUGUUGUUCCAGUGGGUACUUGUUUGUAAAAAUUCCAGUUAUUUCUAUUUCGGACAAAUGAGAAUCGAAUCAAGUCGAUAUCAUAAGACAUAAACAAAACCUAACCUAAAAGUGGGUUUUGAAUUGUGGGACGAUUGAUCGAUUUUAAUGUUUUGGCCGCGAACACUACGUAUUAGUAUUUUUAUUUAUUUAAUUAGUCCUUUAGUCUGUAGAUUUAAUUCCAUAGGGAUCGAAAUGUAUCUUAUUAAUCUAAUUUUACUCGACUAUUAAAAAAUAUAAACAAUCACCACUACAAUAAGCAUCGCGACGUAGUUAAUAAUGUUUCAUUACGAGUUAACGAUUUUCAUUAAGGGUUGAUUGAAUUUUGAAAAAUAUGAGUAUUUUAAAGAGUAUUUAUAAAUAUAACUUUAUUUUUAUAUAAUAAUAUGCGAAGCAUAAACAAUGACCAAAACAUAAAUCGAGUUUGUACGAAAAUGUCCGAAGACUUUCACGAUGAAAAUAACGCAAAAUUGUCCAAACGUGUAAAAUCCGUUUCUUAUUUUGACGAUAUAAAUACAGCCGAGGAAGAAAUAAGCGACGAAGAAAUCAACGUUAAUGAUCAUAUGUACGCAUCAAAUACAGAAAAUGACGAGGUAAACGAAGUUAGCUCGCCUGACCUAAGCUGUCAAACUGCCGAAAGUGAGGUUAAGUUUUUAAAAGAGUGGUUGAUCCUGCACACAGAUUUGGUACAACAACAAAACGAUGAUAUUAUCGAUAAGGACAAGGAGAUUUAUCUCUUGCGAAAAGAAAAUGAAAUGCUCAAAGAGCGCAUAAACUGUAUUGAGAAAGGGACUCCUUUCCAAACUGAAAAAUUGUUCAAUCACAAAGUAACCGAAGGCUCAGAGGGAGUUAUUUCCGAAGAUAUGACCCAGGGUCCCUGCGAGGAGGAUACUAAGGAAAACAUUGAAAUCAUCAGAGAACAGUAUUGUGAUAACGAAAAUUGUUCCAUUGAAGUUAUAAACUAUCAAGAAAAUCACGUAGACUUAAGUGAUAACGAAUCUCAAAUCGACAGUGCGGUAGGUAACGACAACAAUUACGUUGUUGACGAUAACGAACUAGAACUAAAAAGUGAGGAGUACAUAUUAAAUGACUUACGUGACAAUUAUAAAUCAGAAAGUGAUAUCAUAAACUGUAACAGUUCAAUUUCGGACUACAAUUUUACUAUUAAUAACAUUAGUGAGUGUGAUCCAAUGAAAAAUAUAAGAAUGAGCAUAAGGCGGAAGAGAGUAUGUAGUAAUUCUUCAGCGCUGUCCCAGAACGAGUCUGCUAUUAUAGAAGACAAACAGACUUACAGGAGGUUUAAGAAGAAGAGGCGACGUGUUACCAAAGAUUCACAAAUAUUAACGUCGUCCGAGACAUAUGUCACGCAAGCGCAUGAAGUGAACUUGGGAAUCUCAACCGUUGACCUCGAUCUUCCAGAAUGUACAGCAACCACGUUAGAGGUCCCGAGGUGGCGACAUAAGAUUUAUGCCAGCUGUUACACGAUGGAAGGGACAGAAAAUCUGGACGACGAGGUUUAUAACAAACGGCACAUGCGACUAGAGAACGACGAGAGGCGGCGAAAGAGAUGGGAUGUACAGAGAAUACGUGAACAGAGGGUGAUAGAGAAAUUGAAGCAGCGUCAGGAGAGGGUCGGCUCCGGAUCCAAGGGAGAAGAAAACGAGCCUUUGACGUCGCUCUGGCCCAAACUGGAGGAUGUUAAAUACUUAGAAAUUAACGAUGAGUUACCUGUUGCAGCUUUUGGGAAUACUAUUCCAAAAAUGACUCCUAGUGAAUUCACCCUUCCGUGGUUGAGCAACCCAGCUAUUCUGACCAAAAAACCGCAUUCGAGGAGGUCGACGGUCAGAAGGAAAAAUACAAAAAGAUAAGAUUUACUAUUUAUUAACGAUGUACCUGGACAUUGGUCUACAGAGAGAAAGCUCGAAAUCGUAAGAUUUUAUGUUGUACAUAUUUAAGGGCUAUAUCAUUUUAUGGAAGUUCAAAGCAACAUUAAUUGUUUACCCUCCCUUAUUUCAUAAAAUGUAAACGCUUUAAAAGUUUAACAGAUAGGUGCAGAUGCAGUUUUUGGAUUCUACUGUACAUAAAUGUUAUCCUGCAUUUCUGUCGAUACUGUGACGUGAUGCUCUAUUUACUUUUUACCGUGUCAGGGUUUUGGCUUAAAAUGAUUUGAGUAAUUGAUGUUUUGCCAGUUAUUUUCUUACAUGAGACAUUUGUCAUGAAUUAGUGUAAUUUUAUUUCAACCCAGACGAGAUAUUUGAAAUGUUAAAAAAAUU